AUGGCCCUGCGUUUCGUUGCUGUGCUCAGCGCUUGGUUGGUCCUUGUCCAAGGAUCUUUUCUUCAAGGAUCUCUCAGUGGAGCCCAUCAGUCGGACAUUCUUGGGGCGGAAACUGAAGUUCCCCAGGAAGGAUAUUUGCCAGCUGAAGAUGCUGAAGUUGAGACCCAUUCCCUACACCAUGGGCCAUUGGAUGCAGAAGUGGGACACGAUGGACAUGAUUUCCAGUCUCAGUCCCAUCACCACGAACAUGGACCACAUCAUCAUGUGGAAUCGCAUCAUCAUCUGUCUGAGUCCUAUAACCAUCAUCACUCGUCAGAGUCUCACCAUCUCAUCCAUGGUUCGCCCCACCACCUUCAUCAUCAUCUGGAGGCACCUCAUCAUGGACACCAUGGCUCGCAUCAUCAUCUUCAUCAUCAUUUAGAGGCUCCCCUACAUGACCACCAUGGUCAUCAUGAGCAUCAUGGACAUCAUGGACAUCAUGAACUUCAUGGACAUCAUGAGCUUCAUGGGCAUCAUGAACUUCAUGGACAUCAUGGACAUCAUGAACACCAUGGCGUUCACCAUUUGCAUCAUCAUCGGAACUGCCAUGCCACUAUCCACUGUCCCAGGACCCACAGUCCAACUCAUGCCACCGAUGGACAUCUAUGCUACACAGUGGAAAACUCCUGUGAAUUGGCCAUUUUGAACUGCCUGCGUCGCAAUGAACUGAAGCCACUUCUGAGGCACAUCAGUCUCCACGAGUGCCACCAUCUGCCUAGAGCUCACAGGAGUCACUAA